CAUUCUGGCAGUAACCAUGGCUGGCGGAAAGUACGCCCAAGGAGAACAGCACAGCAGGAAUGGCCGCUACGACCUCCCAGCUUACGGAAACACAGACUCGUGGCACGAUGAUGACAUGCGUGUCGCGGUGAUCGUCUUGCUGAUGGCGUUGGGCUGGAUCUACUUGAAGCUCCGAGGGAAGGACGCCAACAAGGGCUGGCUUGAGGCUCUUGGCGUAGGCUUCGGCGGAAAUGACCCUCCCGGCUUCGCGAGCCUGGAAGAGCUGGUGGGGGCGCUGAAGGACGCGGGCGUGAGCAAGGCCGGACUCAUCGUCGGCGUCGACUUCACGCGCUCCAACGAGUGGACCGGGGAGAGGGUAUACGGGAACGGGAGCAUGCACGACAUCGACGACCGGAAGCCCAACCCUUACCAGGAAGUCCUGAGGGGCGUGGGUCGCGGACUGGGCCCCCUGAACCGCGCCGAGAAGAUCUGGUGCUACGGCUUCGGCGACGAGAACACGCGGGACGAGGCUGUCUUCUGCUUCAUGGCCGACGACCAGCCCUGCGCCAACCUGGCCCAGGCCCUGGAUCGGUACGCCAGCAUCGCCCCGGCGGUGUCUCUCUCCGGGCCGACCUCCUUCGCGCCACUGAUCCGCAAGGCGAUAGAGAUCGUGCAGGACACCCGGGAGUACCACUGCCUCGUCAUCAUCGCCGACGGCCAGGUGACGAAAGAGCGCGAUACUGUCAGAGCGAUCCAGGACGCCUCCAACUACCCCCUGAGCAUCAUCAUGGUCGGGGUCGGGGAGGGCCCGUGGGAAACGUGCCGAGAGUUCGACAACCGACUUCCCGGCAGGCGGUACGACAACUUCCGGUUCGUGGAGCACCGGCGGCUCAAGUACGGGGACGCGGAAGCUCUGGCGCUGUCUGCUCUCGCGGAGGUGCCGGACCAGUACCGCGCCAUCCGUGCUCUUGGCAUCAUGGAAGGCGCUGGAGCUCCAGGAAGCGGUCCAACGUCCGUGGCGGCCUCGGUGGCAGGUGGAGGGGUCUCCGGGUCGGCUCCGAGCAUGGCGCCGGUGAACAUGGUCAUGUCGGGGAGCGCGCCCCCAAGCGCCCCGCCUUCGGAGUUGGACGAGGAUGAGGGCGUCCCUCAGGACUUUAUCUGCCCCUUGACUCUGGAGGUGAUGAUCGAUCCCGUGGUCUGCGAAGACGGACACAGCUACGAACGCGGGGCACUGGAGGCCUGGUUGCGGAAUCACGACACCAGCCCUAUGUCCAACGCGCACCUCAACAGCAAGAUGGCGGUGCCCAACCACGCUCUUCGAAACAGCAUCGAGGCCUUCCGCCGGGAGCGAGGGUACUAAAAACACGUUGGUACAACCAAAACACAAAGCGCCAGCAAGUAAAUUGGCGCUCCCAAGUACAUGGAAGACAUAUUUUCCUGGGGGAGGGGUAAGGCUUUUUUCGUCCCCCUGUGGGUCCCUGCCGCGGCGUGGGUGUCGGUGGCGAUAUGUUGGCGUUUUGUGGAUGUCGAAGGCGGUAUCUUUGGAGCGUUUUGUGGAUAUCGGAGACGAUAUCUUGGGCGUUUUGACCUGUUAAUAGCGACACGCGCUCAAGUGCGCUGAGUUGGGUGUUUCGGCUCUACCGCUACUGUAGCCCGCGGGCGGUGACCUGCGCUCUCAAGGCUUCAAGCUUGAGGCACUACCUGUGGUUUUGAUCCUCUUUCUUUCUGUCGGGGAGUAGUUGCGUGCCGAGUUUCGCCUUUUGUUCCCCUCUGGUUUUUGACGAGGGCAAGGAAGCGUAGCAUGGUUUGUGUGAGGGCAAGCUUAUUUUUCAAAUCUCCUAUAUUGUGACAAGACUCAACAUGCAGUGUAGUCACGGCCCGGUGAACUGUUGUAGGUCGAACAUUUUUUUCCAACGGUGUCCGAGGAAUGAUGUUUUUUUUCCCUGUAAAAUUCACGGCCCAUCCACCGGCAGACGCGAACCUUUUGGUUUGAUUUCUCUCGGCGGGAAGGCGUG